AUGCUGAGAGGCAGAAUUGGAAAAUGGACCUUGGCCUUGACAGAAUUUGCCUUCAGAUAUGUUCCUCAGAAAGCCGUCAAAGGACAAGCUGUGGCAGACUUCCUAGCAGAUCAUCCCGGAGAGGAGAUUGAAAAUAUGGACUCUUUAGACAUAGCAAAUGCAGAUCUAUUAACCAGAGCUCACACCUGCCUCAACAAUCCUAUCUACUCAGUUCAUCUUACACCUUGGAAGCUAUACUUUGAUGGAUCAAAAACUGAUAUAACUUCCGGGGCAGGAAUUGUUUUGGAAGAGCCACUUGGAAUCAGACACUGCUACUCUUUCCAAUUAGAUUUCCAAUGCACCAACAAUAGGGCAGAAUAUGAAGCCUUAAUCAUUGGCUUGGAAAUGCUGGUAGAAUUAGGAAUCCAGUCUGUGGAAAUCCUGGGAGACUCCAUGCUGGUUCUAAAGCAAAUUGCUGGGGAAUACAAGUGCCUAAGCCCUUCUCUGGCUGUCUACUUGGUGGCAGCUAGGAAAUCUUCUGACGGAAUUCAGAGAGGCCACUUGGGAACAUAUCCCAAGAGAAGAGAAUUUUGCAGCCAAUGA